UCCAAAAGUACAGGGAUAUCUAACAUGUAGUCAGGUUGAAUCACUUCUGCUCAGGAUACUAGGUUUUUAUUCCUCUGGGAAAUGGAGUUAGGAAAACAUGAAAGCAAAGCCUCAGGAAGAGAAGCUUUAGAGAAAAAGCAAAUGGUCUCUUCUCAAGAAUCUGGGACCAAACCAUUGACCUUCACAUUCAUACCAUCCAUUGGACAGCUUCCAACUCAUUUUGAGGUUGUGGAUAUCUCUAAGUUCCUUGUGACAAUUCCAGAGGAACCAAAGGAUCUGAGCAACGAAAAAAUUGUAAAUAAGUCUGAUGCAGUCUCUGAUGAGCUGGUCUUAAAGAGUGGGGCCAAACAAGACUGUGUGUCCACUGUCUGUGCAGGCAGCACACAACCGGCUUUCCAGUCCCUGGGGUGUAAUUCAAGCAAAGGAGAAAUGCAGGAGAAUGACCUUUUUAAGGCUGAGUUUAUCCUGAUUACGGACUCCGGUGAUGAAGAUGAAGUAGCUGCUGCCGCAAGCAACGUCCACCAGCCUUCCAAUGGCUACAGUCCCAUCAGUGCUCAGCUGCUGACCACAUGCCAUGUUUCCCCUGGCACCGAGGCACGGAAACCUCCUGGCGAUGGGCACCUUCCAGGUGCUGCACUUUCCCACAGUACUACUGAUCCACAGAACCAUCAGUUAAUCUCUACUCUUUCCACCUCUGAUCAUCUUUCCUCUAAACCACCUGCUGUCCACUUAAUGUCUCCAAUUAAUCAGAAAGUAGCGUGCGGUGCCAUGGUUAACAUGAAUCAAGCCUCUUCGCUGGAAGAUUCCUGUAACAACUGGCAGUCAGCAACCAGGUUUUCUAAGCAAGAUUCAUCUCUCUACUUUCAGUCUGCUUCCCAUAGUUCACCUCCCUCAAUGUCUAGAAUAUCCUCUUCUGCAUCAAAGAGUUGGUACUCCACUCCUCGGUUGUCUGAUAACCUACAAACACCAAGUCUCUAUAACCCUGACUGUGUUUGCAAAAUGGGAGGCUUCAUCACAUCCUCCGUUCCGGCAAGGAGUCCAAAUCUUUCCUCCAAUCCUCCAUGUUCAACUGAAAUUCAAGGAUCUUUAGCUCAUUCUAUAUCCUCCAGUUCUUCCAAAAAACUGAAUGCUCUGUCUCCUCUCCCUGUACAUAUAAUAACACAUUCAUUAUCUCCUAGCCCUAAAGCUUUGUCUCCACCCUCUCUUUAUGGGUCCUCUUCAACCAUAUGCAGUAUAAAUGAGCCUUGCACACAAACAUUAUCCAGAGGAAAUUCAGCCAAGUCAGGGGUCAAAUCCCCUCUGCCAACCAGACUGACUCUUUUAACUGCUAUUCUGAGAUCAGGCUCCUCUCAGCGGAGGCCGCUUUCUCCUGCUUCUUGUCCCACAUUUUCCCCUAGCUCCCUUAGUUCCUCAACACUUGCAAUAGAUCAAAAGUUCAAAACAACCCCCCCAACCCCCAAGAAAUCUCUUUCAAGCCCUCCUAUAAGGCCAGAUUCCCCCAGAAAAGAGGAUUAUUGGCUUUCAGGAUGGGCUCAGCAUCUGCCUUUACCUUCCAAGACUCAUCCCACCCCUCAGGUGAGGUCCUUUUCUCCUAAAAAGCACCUUCCCCUUCAAUCACUUUCUCCAGACUGCCGAGAUUCUUUGUCAUCCCCUCUCUCCUCCUACAGAAGAUCAGUUGCCUCUCCAGAUUUGCAGUCUUCACUGCAUCCUCCUUGUGCCCCGGCUCCCUCUUCCUUUGCAUACUCCACCUCUCCUUCUCCAGAAGGGCGGGGCCAUUCUGCCUCCAGGUCCCGGGCACCUCAGAAGUCUCAGAGGGUGCACACUUACUCACCCAUCUUCACUUGCCGGUCAUAUCCUUUGCUUCCUUCUACCAGUCCUAGUGGUGCGCUGUCUCCCCCCACAGAAAAACUCUCAUCUCCUUCCCCAAGUUUUUUGCACUCACCUCCUAGAUCUAGAUCAGAUUCAUCCCAAACAUCUGUUCAGGAGAUCAGUGCCUCCUCUCCUACCCAUUCUAGAAUCUCAAAGCAGUGGUCUCUCCCACGGCCUCACUCUACCCCACUGGUUCCACAAACUGGUGAUAUUAAUUCCCAUCUGCUACAAUUGAAUUCUUCAUUGGUGCAAGCAGAUUUUAGAUCUAACUCCUCCUCUCCGAGACCUGAGCAUUCUGGCACCUCAUCAGUGUUAAAGUGCAGCUCUCCCAUCUCAGACAAGUCACCAGGCACACUGCCAUCAAGACCCAGAGAGCCGACUUCACCACAGUCUUUUUCCCUGCCUCAUGACCAUGAAAACAUCAAACCCAAGCAGUACAAGAUCAAGACAAGCUACAAGGCAUUUGCAGCAAUCCCUACAAACACAUUGCUUAUGGAACAGAAGGCAUUAGAAGAGCCAACCAAGCCUGCUAGUGUGACUGAAGGCCCUGCUUUGGACACUCAUUCAGAGAUGUGCUCCCCUGCCCAGCUCAGACAACAAACAGAAGAGUUGUGUGCUGUCAUUGAUCAAGUCCUGCAGGACCCCUUGACUAUGCGUCGGUGUGAGUCUUCUCCAAGUUUUCUGCAGAUGAGCACAGAGUCAGAUGUUGGCAAGAUGUCAACAACACUGCAGAGAGCAGCUGGGCGUGAAACCAGAUAUGCCAACCUUUACAAAUCAGUGCCUACAGUAACUGAGAGUCAGCUGACAAAACCUGGUGUCAUUCGUCCUGUGCUGGUGAAAGGAAAGAGUGCACAGCAAAAGGAGGAGCCUUAUCAACCCAAUCCUUUUAAAAAGUACCUUGAAGAAAUCAGUGAUCAAAAUAUUGAGCAGCCCAGUCUUUCCAUGGCAGCUAUUCCAGAAAAUGAGAUGCUCAUCUCCAAGGAGCAGGAGGAGGUGACCAGGACACACCAUGCUGGUGACGUGAAGGCUGAGCAAUCUCUUUGUCUCUUUAAUGGAGGUCAGAGAAGGCCCAACUAAUCUAGAGAUGACCCCCUCUUUUCAUUCUCAGUCAAGAAGGACUGAACAAAGGCAUCUGUUUCCCUUGAGAUCUAUUGAUGGAAAUGGAAGUAUUCAGCACUGAUACCCAGAAGGAGAUCAACAUUUGUGCUGUCUUGGAGACAGACAGGAGAGCAACACAGAACUAGGAGCAUCUCAAGUUAUUUGGGACAGCCUUCUUAGCUGUCUCUUCCUGGAGAUAAGUUUUGUCAAGCUGUCUCAGAAAAACUAACACAUUUUCACCAUUUUCUCUUUUAUGUGGUUCGGUUUUCAGAAUUGUAUGUUAUAAUGCUUUCCCUUUCUAAUGCAUUAAAAAAAGCAAAGUAGGUCUUGGUUGAUGAUUUUUAAAACCACAGCAUCUUUCAGGCACCUGUGUUGUUCCUUUUUAUUUGGGAGACUAUCUUGACUCUAGGAACAGUUUAUACCGAAUUUCCACCUUAUGAGUUUCAUAACCCACAAAUCCUCACCUAAUUUAAUAUCUCUCUUUUUUUUUUUAUUAGUGAAUUCUCUUUGGGUGAUGAACUGAUUAGGAAAAAAUCUGCCAAGUCAUAAGCCCAAUUUUACUCCUACAGCUAUCAUAAGACCCUUAGAUCAUUCUCCUAUAUUAUCUAAAUUAUUAUUUGCCUUCUUUAUCUACAAUUAUAUAUAGGAUCAUACUUAACUUUUCCUACAAUGUUCCUCCCUCAGAAUGAGAAAGUAAGUGUGAUUUGUGCAGUUCCAAAAAAACCCAAAUGGAUGAGCAGAUGCUCUGUGAAAUGUAAAUACCUCCAGGAAGGAGUGAGAGAGGAAAUGAGGGAAAUGUGCUGCUAGUUUCUUUUUAGUAAUUUGUAUUGUUUUCCUCAAAGCAAAGUAUUCACUGGAAAUAAUAAUAAAAAAACCCCAAAACAAGCUAACAAACAAGAUGGAGGUACCUUUGUAUUCGGAAGAAUAGCAUUCGUGUAAUUUUAGCAUCAUUCUGUUAUGGCAUGUACCAAGUAAGACCUGUGACUUCCCUGUGAAUGUAAGAAAAUAAAUAAGUGAUAUUAUCUUCCUUGUGAAAUCCUCCUCUACAACCAGUGCAUUUUAAAUGGAGUAAGGCUGAAGGAUACUCUUUGAAACAUAGCCAAACAAUAUGUUUCUGAUACCUACCAUCUUCCUUUCAAGUAAAGCUGGUGUUUGCCCAGGCUAUGACGUGUGAAUGGUGUUAUAAUCACUCUCAGAAUUUUACUGAGUCAGAGCCUUUAGAGAGAACGUUGGGCAUAUGUACCUGUAUAAUCUGAAAAAAAACCCAUUGUGUGCAGGGGCCAAAAGUAUGUCCUCAUUACCCUUAUUCAUCUAUGAUUUACAUAAUCCCAAGUCUACAAUUACAAUUUCUAAUAAAUGACUAAUUGCAGUUACCAAUACAAUUACUUCAGGUCCGUGUAAUUUUUUGCUGCAGUUGAGUAAGUAAUUACUCAGUUUUAUUUGUUUGUUUGUUCAUGAAAGAUCUGCAAUAGUUACUUGAGAAAUCAAUAGCAUUUCUAAAGUCAACAUUCAUAAAAAGACCCCAUGAUAGAAAGUUGAUUCUAUUGACUUCAGUAGUGACAUAAUUUUACCAGCUGGAUCUGUGCAAAGUAACAAAAGUUCUUGAAAUCUGAAAUUCUAUGAAAAUGUCAAUAUGGUCCAAAGUUCUGUUAUACAUUGCUCUUAGUCUUUAUUUACUUAAGGAGUGUUCCUGCUCAGAAGUCAACAAUAGUAUUAAUCAUUGAUAGAUUCUACCUAUAAGAGGAAAAUGUACCCAUUUUAUGAAAGUGUCCUUGUACUACAGAAUUUAUGUAAAGGGUUUUACUGUAAACAAAAACUCCAACCUAAAUGACAUUGUCACGGCAAAGCGAUGUUCUUCCAGUUAAACAUCCUCCUCACUGGACCCUGAAUUAUUCUGUAAUGAUUCAGCUCUUGUAUACUGCUCAAUACCUUUUCAACUUGUGAAGAAGAUUCCAGCUUGUCAAAGAAAGGACCUAAUGGAAAUAGAGGGAACUCCACUGGAAACACUCCCACUCAAAGGUCAACUUUAUGCAAGCACCACCUUUUCCAUUUGGCACCGAGAUAGAUCUUUCCAGACGUGUUUGGGAAAAAGACAGUGCUGCUCCUUGUGCCUUCCUAGGAGACAGACUCUUCAUGUGUCAGAGGGCUCUUCAUGUGUCACAUCACAGAUGUGCUAUUCACUUUUUGCUUUCAAUCUUGCACACAUUUGCAGCCUUGUUCCCCAGACAGUGGAGCUGGUGUAGACUGUAAUGGCAGAACAUUGCUCUGUUCAGACCCCUGUUCCUCUCUGGAGUAGGGGUCUCACCGCCCUUGGUUUAUUUUGAUCAAGACAAGAGUGCAGCCCCAGGUUCUCUCCAUAGGCUUAUAGCAGUUCAUUUAGCUGAAAAUUUAAUGACCCUGAAAAUGAACAUUAAAUGUAGGAUUAACUACUGUUUUUACUAAAGGAGUAGGAUUUCCAGGUGUCAGUGGUGAUAAAUUCUUUAACCUCUAAAUUGGAUAGGCCACUGAAACAGUAAACUGUUUCUUUCUGAUAAAUAGAAAGGCCAGUCCAAAUAAUGCAUACUUCUAAAAUCUCAAAUAAAAACCUUAAAUAUCAGCAGACAAACUUUCUAGUUACUUUAUACUUGAACAGUGCUUUAUUUUUUUUUUCUUUAAGAUUUUGUAUGUUCAACAGGAAAUUUAUAGUGCAUCAGGUAUUUUGGCAAUACUUUAGUCAGCUUCAACUAUAUCUUCUUCUCUUAAGUAAAAACUUUCAGUUAUAGCCUACUGACUUGAAAGGACAUAUUAGAUCACUGUGCUGUAACAAGGAGAAAGCAUUAUAUGCAUUUAUAGAAUUUUAUUUGUAAGGUGAUUGCAUAAAAAUAAUUACUGUAAAUAUAUUGGUUUUAUAAGUUUACAUUUAAAAGUCUGAAAGAAUGAUAAAGUUUGAAAUAUCUGUAUGUGAUUCAAACUGCAAUUUGAAUCUAAUUUCACUUGGCAUUAAGAAACAGCUGUUGUUAUUGGUCCCCUUCAAAGAAUGGCAGGAGUUCUGAGAAAUAGUUUUAGAGGAAAAGCACUUGACUUGAAUACCUCAACAGAACAUAAUUGUAGGCUAAAGAAGUUUUUUUUUUAAUUAUUCAACACUUAAGUAAUGCAUAAGUAAUUAGAAUCAUAGAAUCAGAUUAAAAUUAGCUAUAGUGUUUGAUCACUAUAUGAUAUAAAAUGUUUCUUUAUGGCUAAUUAAAAUUUCACCACUUGCUGCCUUGUUUUCUUUUACCAUGCAAAUCUGGGCUGUCAUUAAACCUUUCUUAAAUCGCUGGAAAGAGAAAAUAAAUACCCCAUAGUCUACUCUUUAUGUUAAACUAGUGCUACCUGUAGCCACCCCUCAUCUGUCACACAUCUUUCCCAGAAAUCAACAAACACUUGUAAUCAUCCUGACAGUUGUCCAUUGGUUUCCUCCUUUUGCUUGACGAAGCAAAAUCUAUUUUUUAUUAUGAGGGCUCAAUAAUGGAAACUACAUUCCAGAUGCAGCCACGCUAGUGCCCAGCAGAGGGGAGGGAAUAACUUCCUUGAGCCUGCUGGCUAUGCUCUAAUUAAUGCAACUGUGUGUGAGGCUAUCCUUCAUCACAGCGAGGCUGGACUGAUGCACAUUCUGUGUGGUGUCAGACCUCACGUCCCUCUCGGCAGAGCUGCUUCUCAGUCAGUCACCCAGUCAGCCAGUCAGUCAGCCAGUCAGUCAGUC